AUGUCUGCGCCGCCUUUGCCUUCGCCUCCGUGUCCGCUGACGGAGCUGCUGGGCGAGUCUCUCUCUGCGCCGGAUGGCUCUGCGGUGCCUACGGCCUCUCUCCGGGCGCGCGGGGUCUCCUUGGUGGGCCUCUACUUCGCUGGCGGGGGAGCCGGGCCCAGUGGCGGCGGUGGCGGUGGCAGUGGGGCCAGUGGGCCGGGCCCGCUCUCUGCCAGCCUGCCGUCCUUCUACGCCCGCUUCCGCGCCGCCUCCCCGCCCGAGCAGGCCCAUCGCCUGGAGGUGGUGCUCAUCUCGGCCGAGCAGGACCAGGCGCGGUGGAGCCAGGCCCUGCGCGCCGGACCAGGGCUCGCCCUACCCUUCGCCGACAAGCGCAGAAAGUUGAAACUUUGGAACAAGUUCCGCGUCUCCAACAUCCCCUCGCUGAUAUUUAUAGACGCCGCCACCGGGAAAGUCGUCUGCCGGAACGGACUCUUAGUAAUCCGAGAUGACCCAGAAGGUCUGGAGUUCCCUUGGGGCCCCCGGCCGUUUGGCGAGGUGGUUGCCGGCCCGCUGCUCCGGAAUAGCGGCCAGUCGCAGGACAGCAGCCUCUUGGAGGGCUCCCACGUGGGGGUCUACUUCUCCGCACACUGGUGCCCUCCUUGCAGGAGCCUUACCCGCGUCCUGGUGGAGUCCUACCGGAAAAUCAAGGAAGCCGGGCAGAAGUUUGAGAUCGUCUUUGUGAGCGCAGAUAGGUCGGAAGAGUCCUUCAAGCAGUAUUUCAGCGAGAUGCCUUGGUUGGCCGUCCCGUACGCCGACGAGGCCCGUCGCUCGCGCCUGAACCGGCUUUACGGCAUCCAAGGGAUCCCGACCCUCGUCGUCCUGGACCCCAAGGGGGAGGUGAUCACCCGCCAGGGCCGGGUGGAGGUGCUCAACGACACCGAGUGCCGGGAGUUCCCCUGGUACCCCAAGCCCGUCCUGGAGCUGAGCGACUCCAACGCCGUCCAGCUGAACGAAGGCCCCUGCCUGGUCCUCUUUGUCGAUUCCGACGAUGACGGCGAGUCCGAGGCGGCCAAGCAGUUGAUCCAGCCCAUCGCCGAGAAAAUAAUUGCCAAAUACAAAGCCAAAGACGAAGAGGCGCCGCUGCUGUUUUUCGUGGCCGGAGAGGACGACAUGACCGACUCCUUGCGGGAUUACACCAACCUCCCGGAGGCCGCCCCGCUCCUCACCAUCCUGGACAUGUCGGCCCGCGCCAAGUAUGUCAUGGACGUGGAGGAGAUCACGCCCGACAUCGUGGAGGCCUUUGUCAACGACUUUCUGGCGGACAAACUGAAGCCCGAGCCCAUCUAAAGCGGAGCGGCGCUUUCCCUCCUCGGACUUUAUUUAAAUAACAAUUGCCAAGCUUGGUGCAGAAACGCGACUCUCUUUCAUGACAGUAUUUUGGAAAACACUCCUCUCGAUUUGACUCUUCUAAAGGUGCUGAAGAUGCGGGGAGAUGCCUUCAAAGCAGCAGGGAGAUCUUCUCACGUGGACGCCAUCCUUGUUUACAUACGGCGAAGCUUGGCGUUCAUCCGUACGAGACAAAGCAAUAAGCCCAAUGGUGGGUAAGAAAGAAGUACGUCUUCAUUGAUAGAUGCAAGGUCUCGUUGCUGUCGAGUUUCUUUUGUUCGAGAGGAAAAUGUCCUUCAACUUCUCGAGCCACGCACCCACGCUUCCCGUAUGUCGAUGACAGGAGAAGGUGGUCCAUUUUUCCAUUGCGGCCCCAAAGCUAAGCCAAUUGGACUCUUUGACGCCGGUUUCUAUUUCUUUGCCUCGUUGAACUUUUCUCGCUUCUGGGUUGAACGUAGCAAAAGCGGGAGAAGUCUAUUGUGUCCAAAGCCUUGGAAGAAAAGGUAAGUGGGAGGGAACUUGAGAAACAGCCCUCGUCGUCGAAGCACAGACGUUCCGGAUCAUGAAACCCGCCUUGAAUCCCGGGAUCGGUUUGGGCAUUUUACCCCCUUCCUUCACCCUUCCUCUCCCCCUUCCAUGUUCACCCAGAGAUUUGUACUCAAAGCACGCAGGGGGGAAAUUGUAAAAAACUGUACAUGGCGAUGGGAAAUUUGUAAUAAAAACCAUUCUGGUCACCAAA